UUGCACAACAAACACACUUGAUUCCAUUCACAGCAAUCAGUCAGUGUUGAAACGUCAUUUUAUCACCAAGCAAUUAUUCAUCAUCGCAAAGUCAAAUACGUGCAGAAAGAAAAAAAAGGAAUGAAGGAGAAAAAAAAUUCGCAGGCGAAUCGGAGAAAAAACGAAUUUUUUUAACAUGAUAAAGAAUGUAAUUUAAAUACAAUUUUCAUAGAAAAAUCGAAAUUUCGAUAAAAUUAUAAAAUGUAAGUGGAAAAUUUGCGUUCGGAUUUUAGUUUUUAAGUGAAACAAGUGCCUAAUUGAACAACAACAAAUAACAAAAAAAGAAACAACAACACGCCAACAACAACAAAGACUUGACACUUUUUUUUGUCGUGAAUUUAUUCAAUAGUUUUAAUCAAAAAAAAAUUUCGUGUCUGCGUCGAACAAAACGGAAUUAAAAACGUUUGAUUAAUAAAUAUAAAAGGUAAAUGCAAUAAAACGACGACGGUCGAAGUUGUUAGUGAUGAAAACAAUUCGAAGAAAAUAGUCGACCUCAACGGCAACAACGACGGCGACAACACACGAACGAAAGAAAGAAACAAGUAAAAUAGAACAAAUAUCACGAGAUAAAGAAACCAGCGAAACGACACCAAGCAAAAUAAACACACAAGUACACAUAUAGGAAGAAGAAGAAAAAAAGAAGCGAAAAAGUGUUGUUGUGCUUUUUAUUUUCUCUGUUUCGAUCUUUCUUCACUUAAAGCAAACACAUGUGAGUGAAUGAAUUGACGAUAGACGUAGCAAAUGUGUGCAAAAUUCAUUCCAUUUCGUUAUUAUUAUUUUAAUUUUGCAAUUUUUUUGGGCAUUUGUAUCGCCACCAUUUCGCUUAGAAAACGUCAAAACAAAAUAAAAAUUCACGGUAUUUUGAUUUAUGGCGAGGAUUAGAUCCAUGCCAUAAAAUUAUUUAUUUUGUUUGUGUUGUUGUUGUCAAAUUCGUCAUGUAACAAUAAAAGAUAAAAGUGUAAUAGCAACAACCAUCGCACCAAUAUAAAAGAACGGACAGAAAAAAAUCUUGAGAAAAGAAUUUUUUAAUGGUGCAUGUUUUUGUGGGUAAAAACUAAUGUAGGCCAAAGUGCACGUAAUUAUAUAAAAUGAAAAAAAAGAUGAAUUGUCGCCGAUGAAAACAGUGUAUGAAAGUAAAAACAUAUAGGAAAAACGGAAAUUGAAAUUAUUUUAACCUUGCUGUAAAAAUUGUGUGUGUGCCUGUGCAUAGAAAUGACAGUUAGCAUGGGAACGUGAAAUAGUGUACAAAAUAAUUUUUUAUCGGUGGAAAAUUAUCGAAGGCAAAAUUUGUUAUUUGAACUACGAGCCGAAUGUAAAGCGCUCAAUUUGACACUUAUGUAUAUUAAUUCAUUGAAAAUUCAUGGUUUACAUGUAUCGUGUGCUAAUGUGGUGGCGCCUCGCAAAAUAAAAUAGAAGAAACAAAAAAACAACAACACAACACGGAAUAAACAUACGAACAAUUUUUGCCAAACAAUAUGGGCGCAAAAGACUCAAAACCAUCGUGUAUAAGUUAUGAGGAUGCGAUAAAACGCGUGAAUGAAAAUGAGUUGCGACGCAUCAAAGAGGCAUUCAAACGAUCGGCUGGAUCGAAUGGCACGACGCUGAGUAAGAAUGCAUUUUUCCAAGAUGUCUUAUCCGAAGGUAUACCAACGGUAUUGGCGGAUUGGUUGUAUAACGCUUGUGGCGGCACCCAAAAAGGUAUUGCAUUCAAAGAGCUUCUUUGUGGCUUGGUGCUACUUACACGCGGCCUGUCCGAUGAAAAAAUCAAAUUUCUAUGGAAUGUCUACUGUAACGAUUCCGGGACACACAUUCUCAAACAAGAUUUUGCAAAAGCAUUGCAAAUUGAAGAGACUUAUCAACAAUCCGUGCCCGGUAAUGCAAACAAACCGACAGUCAUUGAACUACAAGUGAAAUCGCAAAGUGUUCUACUAUCACUAUUUGGUCAUUCCGAUCGAGUGAACUUUGAUCAAUUCAAACAAUGGAUUAUCAAACAUGAGCGUGCAACAGUUCUAUCGCGAUGGCUCCUACUGGAGUCAUGUGUUAAUUUGAGCACUGAAUUGGAAACGCCCACAUUUUAUCAAAGUUUGGCCGGUGUAACUCAUCUCGAGGAACAGGACAUUGGUGAUUUGGAGAAAACAUUCUGGUCAUUAAAGGGGUUAGCAAAAACCGGACAAUUGGAUUUAGAGUCAUUGGCACCCCUCAUAAGUCCACCUGUUCCGUUGUCUGCGUUGAACGGUGUAUUUUCAGCAUUUGAUGAAAAUCGAGAUGGACACAUUGACUUCAAAGAGUUGUGCUGCGGUGUGAGUGCUGCAUGUCGUGGACCAAAUGUUGAACGAAGCAAAUUUUGCUUCAAAGUAUUCGAUAUCGAUCGAGAUGGAGUAUUGAAUGUACAAGAAAUAUCGGAAAUGAUAAACAUUUUGCUAUUUGUUGCCAAAGAAAGUUCGAAUUCAACGCAAAUGAAAAAUUUAUCAUACGUUCAGAUUUUCGAUGAAUUACGUGAAAGGGCCAAUGCAAAUAGGAUGCCAACCAAAGUCACGGAUGCGGUCGUUAUUGAAGAUGCCGAUGCCAAAGAUUUUACAUUUUCACUCGAAGAUUUCAUGAUGUGGAGUGUUCAAAGUCAAACAAGUCUAUUGCAACCAUUUAUGGAUCUAUUGUUCGAUGUUUGUCAUGUAGUACUCGGUUUGAAGCCGCAAUGCCGUCAUUUGGAGCACAAUAUCGUUAAAGGUUGGUUGGCCCGUGAAGUUCGACGCGGCUAUAAAGUGGGUCAAUUUUGGUAUUUAAUAUCAGCUGAUUGGUGGCAAAAUUGGUCACAAUACACACAAUCAAUAUCUUCAUCGGUGCCAUGUGGAUUUUGUAAAACGUCUACCAUGUAUUCAGCGAGCCGUCAAUCAAGCUCCGGCAUUGGCCGAAAUAGUUUAGACGAAGCGGUUGUUUGUGAUGAAAGUUUUACAUCAAAUUCAACCGAAUCUAUGGGUGAUUUAUUAUAUGCCGGUGAUUCAUCGAGCCUUGGAUCCGGCAGCAGUGGCAUUUCAGUUAGUGGUCGAAGCGGUGUUAUGCAUCCAGGUCCAAUCGAUAAUUCAAGCUUAGUCGAACCGCCCACUUACAAAAAUAUUCGAACAUUGACCGGUGAAGGUGGACGACUCAAACGAAAUUUAAUAUUGUCAGAGCAUCGUGAAUACGAACUUGUGCCAGAUUCAUUGUGGAAAGCACUGUCACAAUGGUAUCGAUGUACGCUGCCAUUGCCGCGACAAGUAAUUCAAGUGCAUCCAUCUAUGCCAGUUGAAUUGGAAUUAUAUCCAUUGAAUCUGCGCAUUUUACGACAUCAAUCAGUGAAUCCGCCUAUUGCACAAACGGUUUCAUCGUGGGGCGCUGUUGCUGGUGGUUAUGGAGCUGUAACGUCCAGUGGGAGUUAUACAGGCAGUAGCGUGCCGUCAGUGCUUCAACAACCAAAACGAUUUCUAGCAAAUACAGCCGCCUUCAGUCGUCUGGCAACGGUCAAACAGAUUGGCGAGUUUUUGUGUCAACAUUUAAAAUUGAAAAUGGAAGAUGUACGCUUGUGGCACGUCUUCAAUAUGGAAGAUAGCGCAUGCUUGCUUGAAGAUGACAAUGUAACGCUGCAAGACUUGACAAUUCGUGAUAAUGAUCAAAUUCUCUUGGAAGUUCGAAGUAAAGAUCUUACAUGGCCAGAAGAGCUGGGUUCAUUAACUCUGUCCCAAUCACAUAAUGCAGCCCAUGAACGACGUGCCACAAUCAUUUCGGUGCAAUCGGUACACGCGCCUGGUGCAACUGGAUUGCACAAUUUGGGUAAUACGUGCUUCUUGAAUUCAGCACUCCAAGUGCUUUUCAAUACACAACCAUUGGCCCAAUAUUUUCUUCAAAGUAUGCAUUUGUAUGAGUUGAAUACGACGAAUAAACUUGGCACAAAAGGACAACUUGCAUUGCGUUACGCUGAAUUAUUGAAAGAAGUGUGGACGGCGUCAACACGUUCGGUGGCACCGUUAAAGUUGCGAUUUUGUAUGACGAAAUUUGCACCCCAAUUUUCUGGUGGGGGUCAACAUGAUUCUCAGGAACUCUUGGAAUGGAUGCUGGAUGGUUUGCAUGAAGAUUUGAAUCGUGUGAUGGAGAAGCCGUAUUCGGAAUUAAAAGAUUCAAAUGGUCGAGCUGAUUGUGAAGUGGCCGAAGAAGCAUGGACCCAACAUCAUGCUCGAAAUCAAAGCAUUGUCAUCGAUCUAUUUUACGGCCAAUUGAAAUCAAAAGUGAGCUGUUUAACGUGUGGACAUGAUUCCGUUCGCUUCGAUCCAUUCAGUUUACUCAGUUUACCGUUGCCCGUUGAAAAUUACACAUACUGUGAGGUGCUUGUUAUUCGGCUCGAUGGUUCUGUGCCAAUCAAAUACGGACUUCGUUUAAAUUCUGAAUCAAAAUACGUUGAUUUUAAGUUUGAACUAUCGAAACUAUGCCAAUUGGACUCGAAGUUGAUGCUGGUGUGUGAACUAUCGAAUUCGCAAAUUCGUUGUUCACUCUCCGAUUCACAAAAGCUCAAAGUAUCCACGGCAACCGAAUUAUUCGUUUACGAAAUUCCAAAAGGUGAUUUUUGGAAACCACGAGUUAAUACGGAGAAAAUUUUCAACAUUGGCCAAGGAUUGAAAGAUAUUCAACGAAAUGCAGCUCUUCAAACACUGUCAACUGACAAUCAAUUAACACAUACAUCGAUUUCAUCGACCACAUCCGAUGACAUUCAAUUGAUUGCAUCGAACGAUAAUAAUUCACAAAUUCACGAUGCAAGCAAUCCAGUUGCGGUGACCAGUCGAACAUCGAAGGUAAGCCGGUGCUUUGGAAACACUAUCUGCAUGCCACAGAAUCUGUUGUGCUUUAAGCAUAAUAGUGGACAUGCCGAUUUAUCGACAAGUCCGGACACAACGUUUACACAUGCAACGUAUUCAUGUCAUCGCAAAUUCAGCACGGUGCGAAACUUGUUGCCCGACACAAAUUCGACUGAAAGCAGUAUCGAUGAUGUGGGCGAUGCAAAUGGCAGCAAUCGUGUUGAGAAAACGAAUGAAAUAGCUGGUGAUAGCGAUGGAAUGGCAGCUAAAACUCAAGCAAAAUGUGAUAGUCAAUGUCAACGUGACACAAAACCGUUGACAGAAACACAGGAUUCAUUAGCUUUUAAUGAGAACAAUCGCAAUAAUAAGAAAUUAAGUAAUGUGGAUAAUUCGAAUAGAAAAGCUGGCGGUUAUUUGAUUGCUGUGCAUAGAAAAUUGAGCCGCAUGGAUACAUACUUUUUAUCGUAUCAUAAAACUCGACCCAGUUUAUUUGGUGUGCCACUGCUGAUCCCAUGCUAUGAUGACGGAACAAAUAAAGAUUUAUACUGUGCGGUUUGGGUACAAGUAGCUCGAUUAUUAUCUCCACUGCCCUCUACUCCACCCGAUCAAUCAGCCAAUCAUGCGACAGAUUGUGAUGACAGUUUGGGUUAUGAAUUCCCUUUCAUACUGCGAGCAGUCACAGAUGGUGGCCGUUUCUGUGCAUUGUGCCCGUGGUCGAAAUUUUGCCGUGGUUGUGAAAUCCCAUGCAAUGAUCUACCACUAUUAGAAGGCAUGCUUCCUUCAUCGAACACGUCAUCGCCGCUAUUAAACAAAGAUGAAUCAAUGACAAAAUACCAUGUGAAACCGAAUUACUUAUUUGGCGAUGGAAUAAAUCCGGGUGCAAUACAAAUUGCAAUUGAUUGGGACCCAACAGCAUUACAUUUACGCUACCAAAGCACACGAGAACGGGUUUGGACCGAACACGAAUCAGUAGCCAUAUGCAGGAAGCAACAAACAGAACCAGUUGAUUUGGAUCACUGUUUGCGAGCGUUUACCACUGAAGAAAAGCUUGAAGAAUGGUAUCAUUGUAGUCAUUGUAAAGGCAAACAACCGGCAACAAAAAAAUUACAAAUCUGGAAAUUGCCACCCAUUUUAAUCGUUCAUUUAAAGCGAUUCAAUUUUGUCAACAAUAAAUGGGUUAAAUCACAGAAGGUGGUCAAUUUUCCGUUCAAAAAUUUCGAUCCAACGCCAUACCUGGCAAGUGUGCCACAAGAAACAAUUCUACGUCACAAAGAGCUCAUUGAACAUGGCACAGCGACAACGGUUACAAAUGGAUUUUCAGAAAAUGAUAGUUCACUUUGUGAAGUAACGCCAGAACAUUCAAUCAUGUCGUAUAGUAUUAAAGAGGUCGAUACAAUUGACGUUGAAAGUGCGACAACCGAUUUGACUACGGACAUGAUUCACGAAAUCACUACCAAACCUGAUGCAAUACAAAUUCUAAAUGAUGGACGCACGCAGUCAAACUCAAGCAACAAUCAAACGAACAACCACAAUAAGCUCAACAAUCAUUCGGAUGGUAAAAUUGAACAAAGUCCGAGCUCAAAGCAAUCAAUACACUCAUCAAGGCGAUCCAUUCCAAAUAAUGUCACAACAAAAAUGCGGAAACGCCUGGUGUCCACGAGUCUAACUAAAUCACCGGUUAUUGAUGGUGCAUUUGUUGACUAUCACCAACAUCAUCUAAACGACGGACAAGACCUCUUCGAUUUAAAGUAUAAACUCUACGCAGUUGUGUCACAUUCCGGAAUGCUUAAUGGCGGUCAUUACAUUUCAUACGCUUCAAAUCCGAACAAUUCAUGGUAUUGUUACAACGAUAGUUCAUGCCGUGAAAUAUCACAACAGCAACCAAAUAUUGAUCCCAGUUCAGCAUAUUUAUUAUUUUAUGAGCGUCAAGGGUUGAACUACUCACCAUACUUGCCAAAAACUGAUGAUAAAACUGUACCAAUCAAUAGUGCCCUUGAAUUAGAUGACAGCGAUACUGAUCUACGAAAAAUGUGCGUCUUAUCGUAAUUUGAUUAAUCGUCGUUGAUUUUUUUUUUGUUUAUGUUAUGUAUAUUUUUUUUCAUUGUGAUUCGCCUUAGCAGGCCCGGGUCUGAAUGGGGUUUUCAGAAAAUAAAAUAUAUUAUUUUCUCCUUUUUUUGCCAUAAAUUUAUUGUGAACUGUCAAUGUAUUUAUGAACGAAAAACCGAACUUAAACCGAAACGAUAUAUCCUACGUAUGAAUGUAACUUUCAAUCAUAUAUUCGAAUCGUAAACCAGUUUUGAAAUUUAUUUAACUUUUUUCUCGCUUAUUUUUGUGUACCACAAAUUGAAGAAUUUGUGAAACAACAUAAAUGAACAACCAUUUUACUGAUUUAGGGAAGAGAAAAGAAAUACAAAUGUCAAAGAAUACUUCUUUAUUGUUUAUUUAAAAAUAAAAAUUAUAAUUUAAAAAUA